AUGAACAGUAUUCAAGAAAGAUUAAAUAUUGUAAAGUAUGCAAUUACGAUAUCAAAUAUUUUGGUAUUGAGGAUUUUAAAACCCGAUAAAAGAAUAAUCGAUUGGUGUCAAAUUAAAUAUAAUAUAUUAUCAUCAGAAUCAAAUCAAAACAACAAAAGUUCAAUAAAAGUCAAUUUCACACAAAAUACAAUCACAUGGAGUGGUAACAUAUAUCUAUAUUAUACCACAGAAAAAGAAUGUUCAUCUAAAUACCAUGAACAUGGAAUAUGCGAUAAAACAACAGGUACAUGCAAAUGUAAUUCAGAAUACACAGGUUUCGAUUGUUCAUCACCAAUUAAUAACAAUAAUAAUAAUAAUCAAGCAGAAACAGAAACAGAAACCAAUAACAAUGGAACAAUAUUUGCAAAUAAGCAAGAAUCAGUCACCACAUUCAAUCAAAUAAGAAUUAAAGAAGACAAUACUAUUGCAAUAAUAAAAUUAAUAAUAGAAAAAGUAAACGAUAAAGAUAAAGGUUUCACAUUUGCAGGUAAUCAAUUCACAGUUACAAAAGGAGGAUUCAAAUUAUCAUUAUCAAUUUCAAACUGGUUAUUCAAAAGCAAUAUCAAUACAUUCCAAGUACAAAUGACAUCAGACAUACAGGUUGACUCAUCAAACAGCAACAAUAAAUGUAAUAGAGAUGAUAAUGAGGCAACUAUCGAAUCUUCAUCAAAUAAUAACUAUUUAUUGAAUAAUAUAAACUAUUUAAAACAUAGUUCAGAGGAGAGAAAUCAAAAUAAAAAAAGAUUUGAUGUUUGGUCAUUUAUGUUCCUUAGCUCAUUAUUAAAGUUAUUACCUCCACAUUUAAUUUUAAGUUCAUUAGACUUAUUCAUUCAAAACAGUAGUAAUCAACAACUAACUUUACAGAUGAUCAAAGAAGAUGCUCCUGAUGUCACGGAAACUAUUCUUGAAGCCGCUUUGGCAACUACUAGUGCUACAUCAACUUUGGUCGGUGCUGCAACAUUGUCUCAAAGAGAACGUGUCAAAAAAGGUAGAACUAGUGAUGGUGGUCAAAUUUCAUUAUCAACAUCAAUAUCAACAUCAGCAUCAACAUCAACAUCAUCAACUACAACUACAAUAUACACCACACCCACACUCACAACCACAAAUUCUUCCAACAACAUAUUCUAA